UUCCAUCGGAUGUCGUCUCCCUUUGACCGGAUGGUGUUUGUGUAGAGGAAGUUUUGUUUUGUGACUUUUCCGUCCGUCUCGGCUGACUGGCCGUUAGCGCAGUUCAAAAAAGAGCACGACAUGGUUUUGGUGUGAACCGUGUUACCGCCGAGGACCCAACUGUUCGAGAGGGAGGAAGAGCCCGAGCUGUUGGGAGGCGGCGGAACUGAGGAGAGUAACCCGAGAGCUCAGUGCGGCUAGGCUAACGUUACCUCAGCGAGUUAGCGCGGCUAGCGUUAGCCUCUGGUCUGCCUUGUGUUUGAAGUGGAGGGGGACUCUCUCUUUGAGCUAACGAAGCCAUGGGGAACCGGGGCAUGGAAGACCUGAUUCCCCUCAUUAACAAGCUCCAGGACGCGUUCAGCUCCAUUGGCCAGAGCUGCAAUUUAGACCUCCCCCAGAUCGCGGUGGUCGGCGGACAGAGCGCUGGGAAAAGCUCUGUCCUGGAAAAUUUCGUCGGCAGGGACUUUCUUCCACGUGGAUCAGGCAUCGUUACCCGCAGACCUCUUAUAUUGCAGCUGGUCAACCAUAAAGCUGAAUAUGCUGAAUUUCUGCACUGCAAAGGGAAGAAGUUUGUGGAUUUCGAUGAAGUCCGGUCGGAAAUUGAGGCGGAGACUGACAGGAUAACAGGGUCCAACAAAGGCAUCUCUACCAUCCCAAUUAACCUGAGGGUCUACUCCCCAAACGUGCUCAACUUGACCCUGAUCGAUCUUCCGGGAAUGACUAAGGUUGCCGUCGGUGACCAGCCCGUAGAUAUUGAGCAUCAGAUCAGGGAGAUGCUGAUGCAGUUCAUCACCAAGGAGAGUUGUUUGAUCCUGGCUGUCACCCCAGCUAACAUGGACCUGGCCAACUCGGACGCUCUAAAGAUAUCCAAGGAGGUGGACCCACAGGGUAUGCGCACUAUUGGUGUGAUAACAAAACUGGACCUGAUGGAUGAAGGGACAGAUGCAAAGGACAUCCUUGAAAAUAAACUGCUGCCACUGCGUCGAGGCUAUAUCGGUGUGGUGAACCGCAGUCAGAAAGACAUUGAUGGGAAGAAGGACAUUCGUGCUGCUCUGGCUGCAGAGAGGAAGUUCUUCCUGUCCCACCCUGGCUACAGACAUAUAGCAGAGCGCAUGGGCACGCCACAUCUACAAAAGAUGCUCAACCAGCAAUUGACCAACCACAUCAGAGAGACCCUGCCUGGUCUACGCAGUAAGCUGCAGAGUCAGGUCCUCUCCCUGGAGAAGGAGGUGGAGGAGUACAAGAACUUCCGUCCUGAUGACCCGACACGCAAGACCAAGGCCCUGCUGCAGAUGGUGCAGCAGUUUGGUGUGGACUUCGAGAAGUGCAUUGAAGGCUCUGGGGACCAGGUGGACACCAACGAGCUUUCGGGCGGCGCCAAGAUCAACCGCCUCUUCCACGAACGCUUCCCAUUUGAACUUGUCAAGAUUGUGUUUGAUGAGAAGGAGCUGAGGCGAGAAAUCAGUCACGCAAUCAAGAAUGUCCAUGGUGUCAGAACGGGGCUGUUCACUCCAGACCUGGCGUUUGAGGCCAUCGUGAAAAAGCAGAUCGUUAAGCUGAAAACGCCCUGUCUCAAAUGUAUCGAUCUGGUCAUUCAAGAGCUCAUCAACACAUUCAGGCAGUGCACCAACAAGCUCAAUUCUUACCCCAGACUGAGAGAGGAGACGGAGAGGAUCGUCACCACCCACGUCAGAGAACGAGAAGGGAAGACCAAGGACCAGGUUCUGCUGCUGAUUGACAUUGAACUGUCCUACAUCAACACCAACCAUGAGGACUUCAUAGGCUUUGCAAAUGCCCAGCAGAGGAACACAGCCACAAACAAGAAGAGGGCCAUACCCAACCAGCUUGGCGGACUGGGAGAGGGCCAUGACGAGAAGGUUAUCAGGAAAGGCUGGCUAACCAUCAACAUAAGCAUCAUGAAAGGAGGCUCCAAGGAGUACUGGUUUAUCCUGACCGCUGAGUCCCUUUCCUGGUACAAAGACGAUGAGGAAAAAGAGAAGAAGUAUAUGCUGCCGCUGGAUAACCUGAAGCUCAGAGAUGUGGAGAAAGGCUUUAUGUCCACAAAGCACAUCUUCGCAAUCUUCAACACCGAGCAAAGAAACGUCUACAAGGAUCUUCGUCAGGUAGAACUGGCCUGUGAUUCUCAAGAGGAUGUGGACAGCUGGAAAGCAUCUUUCCUCAGGGCGGGAGUGUAUCCGGAGAAGGACCAGACGGAGAAUGAAGAUGCUGCUCCUCCAGACACAUUUUCUAUGGACCCUCAGUUGGAGCGACAGGUGGAAACUAUCCGCAACCUUGUGGAUUCGUACAUUGGCAUCAUCAACAAAUCCAUCAGAGACCUUGUGCCCAAGACCAUCAUGCAUCUCAUGAUCAAUAGUGCAAAGGAUUUCAUCCACUCGGAGCUGCUGGCCUACCUCUACUCGUCCGGGGAUCAGAACAGCCUCAUGGAGGAGUCGGCUGACCAGGCCCAGCGGAGAGACGAAAUGUUGCGCAUGUAUCAUGCACUCAGGGAGGCGCUGCAAAUCAUUGGCGACAUCAGCACCACCACCAUCUCCACACCAGUUCCCCCACCUGUAGCUGACAACUGGAUGCAAGACGCCAGCCCAACCCCUCAGCGCAGGCCCCCUCCUUCAACUGCCCCGGCCCCCAGCCGCCCACCUGCUGUCCGAGGGGGGCCGACUCCAGGACCACCCAUGAACCCUUCCCCUGCCUUUGGAGCCUCGCUUAACCCCUCUCCAGCCUUUGGUGCACCACCAAUCCCCUCUCGCCCAGGCCCACCCAGCAACGCCUUCAACAGCCACCAGGAUCCCUUCAGCGCACCGCCCCUGAUCCCCUCCCGGCCAGCCCGUGUCCCGCCCGGUGUACCCAGCCGAAGACCCCCCGGCGCUCCUUCUCACCGGCCCACCAUUAUCCGCCCUGCUGAACACUCCCUGCUAGACUAGACCUGUGGCCAUUCCCACCUAUGUGUGUGUGUUUGUGCGUGGGUGUGUGUAUCGGCACACUAUAGGCCGUGACCCGAGGGGAGGGGCUGAAUGAUAGGGGUUCACACUGUGCAACGUCCAGCCGUAUUAAAGUCUAUUCAAGCAAUGUUAAUAAGCUGCUAAUACUGUCUUUAUCAGUGCACAUGAAAGAAAGAAAGCAAGCCCUUAACCACUUGAAUAUUACAUUUGACUGCUGUGGAACGUGUGUAACACAAAAUGAAAAACCCAGCUGAUCAGUUAGAUAGAGACGACUUAUCAAAUUCAGGCUUUUUUAUUGUAAAAAUUGCUUAAUUUCCACUGACAAGGUUUCAUGCAGGGUCCCAUCAAAUAACUUAUUAAGUGUUGCUGGCUGGCCUUCCUCUCCCUCAGCCUUUUUAGAUGCCCGAGAAUAGAUCACUGUGUGAUAUACACACAUAACCGGUUGUUAAUGUUUCACUGGGUUUUCAUUUCCUAACUGAUUUCAUACUGAAAAAACAAUAGCUUAUUAUCACUGUUGUAAUUCUGAAGGUGUUGAUUACAAUUCCCCCCCCCCCCCCCCGUGUUAUUUUAUUUGAGUGGCUUUGUCCUUUUUAAUGACCAUUAUAAAUGUAGCUUUAAACUUAAACUAAGCAAAGCAUGGGGAGACACAGAGUCAGGGUCGCAUGAGACUGAGCGAGGAACCUACAGCUUCCCCGUCUUGUCAAAUAUUCUUCCACAAUGAAAAGAUGUCAGCCAGAUUGACCAUUACAAUCCAAGCACUUCUAGCCAUCUCAGCCUUACUACCAGCCACACGUAACAGGGAUGUUAUCGUCCGUUACCAGAACACUAUGCACAAAAACCCAGGGGAGCAAGCAAGACUUUGUGGGGCGCUCUCUCUCUCUCCGCUAAUUCCGAGUCGCGAAAGCCUUGUAUUUUAAAUCCCUUUAUUCUCCGCUGAACCCCAACGAGGCCUUGAGCCUUCGGGUAGACUUUGUUCAUUCCUGGAUUAGCUGGCUCAUAAAAAAAGGAACACACAGCACAGUUUCCUCUCGGAGAGGAUCAAACUCAGUGAAGCAGUGGGGGGGGGGGGUUUCAAUGAGGACAGGUCUGUGAUGUAGAGUAUAAUCGAGGUAUGAAGCGUAGAGGAGUUGGCACUUCUCACUCUGGGACAUGAAUUAUUGCUAUCAGUCCUGCUUCCAUAUAUUAAAACAUAUUGUAUAUAGCUGGCCUAUACUGGGGAGUUAGCACUUGUAUUUCAUUUAAUUGCAGGGAUGAUGACAAAAAAACACAAUUGAAGCCCAGACGACUUGUCAUUGAGAGGAAGCACUAACACAAUCACUUCAUUAGCUUCUGUUGUAGGGAAAAAGAGAUUGCUCAGCUCCUGGUGCAUUAUUUAUAACCUGGGCAUUUGUUAUUUCUUCUGAUAAUUUGGCCGCAAUUGUAUCAGCUGUGUAUCACUAUAUAUAUAUAUUACCAAGACCCCUCAGCUUCUAUUGGACUGUUUUAGAUUCUGCUACAGGGAUGAAUCCUCAGUUUAUUGUCUGAACAUGUUUUGAGAGGGCACUCAACACACCGCUGUGAUCAUUUGAUGUGAAUUUCAUUUGUUCGGUCACCUGACCAUUUUUUGUAGGUGUGUUGGGGAAAAACUGGGGGAGGGUGACCUUGAUAAUCUGGAUGUUUCCAUUUUUGGUUUGAUCAGUAGAUAUGGUGAGAGGGUGGUGGGAGUUGUGGUUUGUGAAAGCACAUCCUGUCUUGAGAAGCUGUCUCAACUUGUUCUCACCACCGAGGACUGAAACUUAAUUAAACAACCCGACAAGAAAAAUCUAAAAAUUUCCCAAAACCACAGACUCUCGAGACAGAAUGUGCUUUUUUUUUAUCUUCCCCUGCAUUUCUCUAAGGGUCCGGCUUUCAGUGACAGCGCCAGAAAUUAAAAAUGUUCUUAUAAAAUGGCACUGAAUCUUUAAACUGAAGAAUCAACACGUCAGACCUCCGGUUCACAAAGUAAUUAAUGUUUUAAAAGUUCUGGUUCAGUUCUACUGGCUUAUUUCAUUGUGCCUGUCACUUGAGCCUGUCCUGAGAGAACAGACUGUAAAUGCCCUGUUAUGCAUUAAGUUGUAUCCUUCUUCUUUCCCUCCCCUCUCUGGAUCUGGUGGAAGGGGUUGGAAACCAACCUGCAAAAAUCUCUUUUCUUUUUUUGUUUUGAAAACCUUUGUCAAGUGCCUCCGUAGCAAUGGAUUGAUUUGAAUAAACAAAAAAAAUGACCUAAUUUCCACAAAGAGUAAAUAAAGAGGUGUUGUGUACAAUAAA